AUGAAGAUUUCCGUCCUCGAAGCCACCCGUGGAGCCAGCAAACUGGGCGUUGCUUCGAAAUUUGGCGUAGCAGGCGCUCCCCCAAGCAAUCACGAAUGUCAGCUCAUCAAGACGUCAUCACAGCAGACUCAUAGGUGCAUUCCCGACCAGCGGACACAAGGGCGGCUUGCUGGAAGCGACAAUCAUGCACAAUCACGAAUCAUGAAUGUGGCGCAAAGGUUUGAGCAGAGACGGCUGCUGGCGCAAAACGCUUCCUUUGGCUCGCUCUUGGCCUGCCUCAAUCGCCGCGCAGAGCGAGCCUUCGACGACCGCAGCGCUGCCUCUUCUCUACCACCGAUCUACAAGCCAUCUUAG